CGCCGGCAGUCUGGAAAAGUCCCCCGCACAGUGUUGUAAAGCGCAUUAGAACAUUCCAUGGAAAUGCACUAUAGAAAUUGAUUAUAUUAUUAUUAUUAUUAUUAUUCAUUGUGAGUUGACUGUUGUUAGGAUAGGAAAAGGGUAGACCUGUGCUCAUUGCCCUGACUUUGAUUCAGGCAUUGAUCCUGGCUUUUUUAUAUCGCUUAUUUAUGGAUAAGCUCUUCCUCAGUAUUAACUAGUGACCAAACAAAUUUUUAGUAAUUGCUAUCCAGGCUUUUUUACAUAGCUCAUUUAUGGGUCAGCUCUUCUCAGUGUUAGCUAGUAACUAAAAUUUUUAAUAAUUGCUAUCCAGGCUUUUUUACAUACCUCAUUUAUGAGUCAGCUCUUCUCAGUGUUAGUAACUAAACAAAUUUUUAGUAAUUGCUAUCCAAGCUUUUUAUGUUGCUCAAUUAUGGGAGAGCUCUCCCCAAUAUUAUCUAGUAGGUAAACGAAUUUUUAGUAAUUGCUAUGAUAUGUCAAAAGGUUAUAAAGUACAUAUAUUUACACAAAUUUUUUGCAAAAGGUGUUGGAAAUAUUCAUGUUAGGUAAAUGGAUAGAUAUCUUUUUGGCAUGCUUUGUAUAUGUUCUUCUUUAUAAUUCAGUUCAUGUUAAAAAUUUCUGACCACUUACGAAAUCAUUUUGCAAAAAUUUCCUCAGUGAACCAUUUUGGAACAUUCCUGAGUUCCUGCUGGAGUAUGCUCGCAAACGGGCCUGGGGCUGAAUUUUUAAACUAGUUUCCAGAUCUCCUGAUUGUAACUAUUCAAGAUGGCGGCUAGUACGCUUAAGACGGAUAAGAUAUUGACAUCUCUUGUUGGUGUGGGGAUUGGAGGAUUGAUCAUUGUCAAGGGCUCAGCUGAGUUGUUUCCGCAUAUUUACAAGCGAUUCUAUGGCCUAAAAGAUAAUAAGGGUGCGUUUGUCACAGUACCCGAUCGCUGUCUUGAACAACUGCACAAGGUCGCGGAAAGGUAUGGUGUCACAAAUGUGGACAAAGUUAACUUGUUUAUCCAUCGAGGUUUCCAUGCUAUUUCACUUGGAUCAUCUAUACUUCCCGGUGGAGCUGUGAUAGGUUUACCAAGGUGGUAUGUGUUUCAGAAUAAAGAAGAUAUUUACAACUCCGGCCUCAAAUUCGGAAAAACUGUUGGUUGGUAUUCUGAAGUUGGUGAGGCAUUGUCUGAAACAUUUCUUCCAACAGACGACAUUAUUGCGUUCACAAUUGGCCACGAACUCACUCAUACCGAGAAACAUUUUCACUUAAAGUUGUAUGACACGUUUGUACCCCCAACGUGGCUGUAUGUUACGUAUAGAAUUUCUAAUUCGAUGUCGAAGAUUCUAAAACAUCGAUUUGAUUUCCGAGCUCUUCUUUACCUUGGCAUCUUUGGAGUAAGCUUAUUUACUUACACGCGCGUUUACGAAAAGGUGUGCCACUUCGCUGAAUUUGAUGCAGACGAAGUAUCUGCUAAAUGUGAUCCUCGAAUGGCACGAGGUGGCGUUGAUUUUUUUGCACUGACAUUGAAACGAAACUUGAUACAGCGAGCAAUACUUGGAAAGAGAGGCGAGGAAAAUUUCACUAAAGAAGGGAAUUUUAUUGCGCGCUCUUUGAUAUCCAUGCAUCCACCCUUCACUGAUAGGCUUGACAGAGUGAGAUAUAUUUUAGAGUCAUCGCCAGACUAGCACUUGUCAAGUGACAUUUCCGGGUUGUAGACAGCAGGUGUGUUUGAGGGCUGAAGGCACGAAUUGAUGAUUGCCAGGGGCACAAGAUUCUAGGGGGGUCCAGGGGUAUGUUCCCCAGGGAACUUUUAAAAUAUUGGGUUGUCUGAGACUGCAUUUUGUACAUUUUGAAGGCUGUUAGAUAGAAUAAAAAUUUUUAGGUCAAUAAUGAAUUUUGGGUUUAAUCUUCAAGUAAUGUGCCAAGCUCAAGCCUCACUGAAUGUUUCUCACUUUCUUUUGAAUCACAGGUAUCUAGUAAAUAGACUUGUAGCAUGCAGGGGGAUUUGUAUGCACCAGUUGCAACCCCCCUCCCUGCAUUUGGAUGAACUCUGAACUUUUUUGCCAUGUGUAGCUGGAGUGACUCCUCUAAGUGAAAGCAGAGUGAUGAAGGCUGAGAGAAAAAUGAGUAGGAAUGAACUUUGAGUGACCUCUAUAAUUAGAGUCAGCUACACAGGCUAGACAAUUGACUUGACCCACUAUCAUUAUUAAAAAAACAUGAAGGAAA